GUUUUUUAUAAACAAGUAUAUGCACUAAACGAACGAAGCGAGUCGUUUUAUGAACUCGGCUUAACUCAGCUCGAAAACGACUUCUCCAAAAACAAAAACACUGGGCAAAUCUCCCGAUCUGGAUGCAAGCAAGACACUUUUCCAAGAAUCAAUGGAAGAGAGAAACAAAAUCGGGAUUAAGAUAAAGAAGCUGGGGUUCUGGAAAUGGGCUAUAGCUUCCGUCAUAUUCAGACUAAUCAUGAGCUAUUCCUCGGAAAAACUCAACCUUUCUACCCGGCCGGAAGUCUCUACACCGGUCACCAGCCUGCGCCGCUGUAUGGCGGAGGGUUACUGGCUGAAGCAGUUAUCGAUGUCGCCUUAUUCGGGAUUGAGGGCCAAUCUACUCACCUAUUGUGCAGAUUUUUUGAGUGCAGUUCUCAUCCGUGCUACUGGGCAGAGUCUUCUAACAGCACAUAGUCACACUUUGAAAUCAUUAGGACUUGAAAAACUGACCAAGGACGUAGAGAUUCUUCCCUCUGGCGAUAUUGCUGCUCUUGUGUAUCUGUGGAAUCCUUUCACAAUAGUCUCAUGCAUUGGGUUUAAUACAUCGCCCAUCGAAAAUCUGUUUGUCAUCUUAUCUCUUUAUGGAGCAUCUUCAGGGCUAAUUCCGUUGGCAGCUUUUGGAUGGGUCGUGGCAUCACAUUUGUCUCUUUAUCCAUUGGUUUUAGUUAUCCCCUUAAUCUUUUUAUUAGGUUAUGGUAUGGAUGCGCCCCCAAGAAAAUUGUUUACACAAAGUGACCUACAAGCAGAAGAGAGUUCAUCUGAACAUGUGGACCUCAAGUCCCCGACUACUAAGCCCAUAAAACCGUCAUUUUCAUGGCGACGUGUCAUUCUUUUCAUUUUAUGGGCAUCGAUAUGGAUAUGCUAUGUGUUAAUUCUGUGUGCUAUCUCUAUGAGAGAAUAUGGUGGUCUUGAUGAGAUGCUUAAGAGGACACAUGGGUUUAUUCUUUCUGUUGAAGAUUUAUCUCCAAAUAUUGGUGUCUUAUGGUACUUCUUCGCGGAAGUGUUCGAUUUUUUCAGGAAUUUCUUCCUGAUAGUUUUCCAUGUCAACAUCCUAUUCAUGAUUUUGCCUUUAGCUAUAAGGCUAAAACAUAGGCCCUGCUUUUUGGUCUUCGUUUACAUGGCUAUCUCUUCAAUGCUAAAAUCAUAUCCUUCAGUUGGGGACUCAGCCUUAUACCUCAGCUUGCUGGGACUGUUUGUGAAUGAGUUAGCAGAAAUGCAAUUUUCAUUCUUUCUCUUCUGUGGAUAUGUUGGAGUUUCGCUUUUGAGCCCAGUGAUGCACAAUUUAUGGAUUUGGAGGGGGACUGGAAAUGCAAACUUUUACUUUGCAACUGCAAUGGCAUAUGCUUGUUUCCAGAUUAUUCUGGUGGUUGAGAGUGUGAGUACUAUGCUCAAUCAUGAUAGGAAGAUAAAAAAAAUCUUGAAUGGUGCCAAAGAUUGAAAAUGCUGUUGCUUUAGAGAAAGGAAUCUACAAUGAGUUUGUACAGGGGCUCGUCCAGAAGAUGUUUUCGAACUAUCCUUCAAACCUCUUGUGCCGUAAUUGCAAAACACUGCAAAACGUGGAUGUUUUGGCCGCAUUCUAAAUGGAUUUCAGCUAAAAUUGUACCCUGCACGUAGAAGAGAAACUCGGCUAUGUCAUGCUAGUUUUUGUAUUUUUUUUACUUUUAUGUCUAUCAACUGACAAAUUACACUGUUUAGUCAUUGAUGAACGGUCAAUGUCAGAGUCGAUGGUUUUUACACGUUUCAUAUGUUUCCGGUUGAUACAACUGAUUUGACUCCAUGGAGGAAUUUUUGGAGGUGAGAAACUUGUAGCUAUCAACCACUCGAAAAUUUUCAAUCUGCAACAUUUACCGAGUUUUACA